AUGAAGAUGUUCGAUUCAGACAUCUUUAUAGGUAUACUUCAACAAUCUGAGUCGGCAUUAGGGAAGAUUCCCAGAUCACGUAGUCGAGUGUUGGGCCACUUGUUGGAAAAGAUGCGUCCAGGCAGCAUGCAAGAAAGGGAACGUAGCAAAUCCGCAGGACAGACGGACAAACCGACCCUCUCCGCAGCGCCAGCGCAUAAACCGCAAGUGUCGCAGUUCAAGAAACCGUUCAUGUCCAGUAGUCAACAAAUCAACAUAGACAGAUUAGAAGCGCAAAUAAAAGAAAAGUUGCAUGAUAUUAUCAGUCGAAGGCAAAGCAGUCAGCCAGCCUCGAAAUCGGACACAGAGACUGGGGCAGAUCGCAAGAUGUCCAAAGAUGAUAGAAAACUUAGCAAAACGGAUUUGGAUUCAAUAGCUCGUUUGGGUACGGGCAAACAGCGCAUCAUGUACAAGAAGAUCGGCAAGAGUUGCGACAAGAUCAACGGAGGCAUGGGAAGUGGAGGGGGUAGCAAAUCGGACAGCGAAUGCAAAAAAGCGUUAAGGGGAGGUGGAGCGGCCGGAGGGGAACAACCGGAUUACCAGAGGAUAUCGGACGCGUGCGGGGGAGGAGGAAUGCAACAGGGUAUCAUAAAGGGUGGCGCACUGAUUCACGGCAGUCGGUCCAGUCCGAGUAGCCCGAAGGGAGGGAAAGGGAGAGGGGGAAUGCAGAUUCAGGGGCAUCAUCAACAUAGAGGACAGCAGCAAUAUCAGGGGCAGACAGGUGGCGGUGGCAAUCAGGCACAAGCGGGAAAGCAACAUAGGAAAAAGAUAUACCCGUACAGCGACGGUGAGGACAACGUAUUUUACGGCACAUCCCGCGGCGGAUGCGAUUCUGCGGAUUCGUUAAGCGGCGCAUCGAGUCGUCGCAGCAGCUACGACGGGGGCGGUGGAGGAGGUGGCGGUGGCACGCCGCCCACCACAGACAAGACUCUCGUGGUGGUGAUCAACAGGAGGAACAAGAGCGUCUCGUCUGCGGGAGGGGGUUCAACGCCGACGUCGGCGCAAGCGCAGAAACAGCGCAGUUGGGAAACGUUCCCGCCCAAGAGGAGACACCACCAUGCGCCACGAAGAGGCAGUGAAAAGCCUAGUAGCAGCUGUCCAGGAAACCAGGCGGAAACCGAAAGGUGGCAAUUAACGGAUACAGAAACCAGGGAUGGCUCAAGAAGAGGGCGCAACAGCAACGUCGGCCUACGAAUACGAAUAUACGGCAAUGAUGAUCGUGUUUGCAGAAGCAGCAGCAGCGGGGCCCUUUGCAAAUGGCGCAACUGUUACACAAUAGAAAACAGCAUCCACGGCAAAUUCAUGCACUUUCGGUGAAACAAGAUUCUAAGGGCUUAAAAUCACUCAUGUAUAUCAAAAUCGAACGUUGAAUCACAGUUUGCAAAAAAGACGACGUAACAUACUUGUCCGUUCGAUAGUUGUAUGAUUUUCAAAAGUAACACAUCAUACAAGCAUUUCUUACUCAAACAGGGUGAACCUGUAGAUAUUGUGUAGAACACAUUAUGUAUUAUGUAUAUUCAUAUUAUAUGUAAUUUUCAGCUUUUUUAUCACGACAACAGGGGGUAUUUUUAAUAUACAGUAACUACCAUUCCUAGCGAAAUGUUCUGAAUAGUAAACACAUUACUUCA